GUAUGCCUCACUCAUUCUGCUGUUAAUCAGAGUAACACACACAUACACACAUAGCACACUGUGGAAUUACGGAUCUGGAUCACUCUGGACUCCAGAAGCUUUUAUUUCGGGGAAAAUUUCCUAUGAGAAUCAGGAGAAGAGAGAAGAAACUACAAACCGGCUUCAUCUGAAGGAUCUAUCUUUAGGCCAUAUCUCUUCUAACAGAGAAGCCAAAAUGACCGACGUAGCCGGAGUGCCCAAAGCCCUUGAAAAUGUUAAAAACACAGAGCAAAUUAAUGACUCAAUGCACCUUGAUGUCAUGGAGAAUCUUGAGACUAAAGAGGAGGAGAUGAAUGGUGUGACAGAGGAAAAGAAGAGUCAACAAAGAAGAGUGGCAGGACGAGGAAGCGUGAAAGGCCACAGAAGAGCCUGGAGGCUGGGCUCACCGAAGUGGAAAACAUGAAUGAUGUUGGGAGCUUAGAGGUCUCGACUGAGAAGGACGAAGCCAACCUGACAGAUGUUGCUCUGAAGCAAGAGAGGCUUCUCAAGAUCAACAAACCAGUGCAGAAGAGCUACGUCCCAAAAAUCGGCAAAGGAGAUGUGAAGAGCAAGUUUGAGGCCAUGAAGAAGGUCAGAGAGGAGAGGAACCGCAUGAGGAGUGAGGAGGAGCAGAAGAAACGGAAGGAACAGUACAUCAAAGAGCGAGAGAGAAUCCGCAAAAAACAAUUGAUAAAAGAGCUGCUUGCUUCUAGUGACGAGGAGGAGGAGGAGGAAGUAAAACCGGUCGAGAAAUCGUAUGUCCCCAAGAUCAUCGGCAGUGUGAAGGGGAAGUUCGCUGAGAUGGAGAAGCACAGGCAGGAAGACCAAAAGAAGAAGAUGGAGGAAGAGAGGAAGAAGCGCAUCACCCAGGAAGCCUUGGAGAAGGCCAAGAUUCAGAAGGAAUUAGCCAAGAAGGCAGAGAUGGAAGGAGAUAGCAGUGUUUUGGUGCAAGUCGUCCCAAUGAAAUCGCAAAAGCAACCUGGGAGGAUCAAAAUGAAUUUCGAAGACAUGGAGAAGAGUCGAGAGGAGGAGAUAAAGAAGAGGAGUGAGGAGGAAAAGAAGAAGAGAUAUGACGAGAACCGGCGUUCGUUCAGAGAGGCCAAGCGGCAUUCUGUUUCUGCAAACCAGGAUGAUGAGGAGUGUCAGGGAAAAGAGAAGGAGCGCAUGACUCCAGGAAAGCUGCAGCUGACCUUUGAGGAGCAGGAGAAGGAGCGACAGGAUAAGCAAAAGAAGCAGGCCGAGGAGGAGGCCAAGAGGAGGCUUCAGGAGGAGAGGAGAGCUUUUGAGGAGGCUAAACUGGGCAUGGCUCCGGAUGAUGAGGACGAGACGAGACAAGAUGAGAAGGAAGAGAUCCGACCAGGGAAACUCAGGCUCAGCUUCGAAGAGCUGGAACGACAGAGACUGGAGGAUGAACACAAACGUGUGGAGGAGGAAAGAAAGAGACGCAUCGUGGAGGAGAGAAAGGCGUUCGCUGAUGCCAGAAAGAGCAUGCACCUAGACGAGGAAGAUGACAUCCUGCUGGCUGCAAUGAGCGUCGAUGAGGGAGCCACUCCUGGGAAACUGGCCAUCAGCUUUGAGGAUCUGGAGAGGCAGCGCCGUGGGGAAGAGCAGAAGAGGAAGGAAGAAGAGGCCAAACGUCGCCUGGAGGAGGAGAAGAGGCUGUUCGCCGAAGCUCGCAAGAACAUGGACGAUGUGGAGGUGCUUGGGGCAGGAGAAGUGCAGGAUGAGGACGAGACUCUGUUGAGGACGGAGUCACAGGAAGCACUGCAUCCUGGGAAGCUGGAGAUCAACUUCGAGGAGAAGAUGAAGAUAAAAGAGGAAGAGGAGCGGAAAAGGAAGGAGGAGGCACGGCGUAAGAAGUUUGAAAUGGAGAAAAAAGAGUUUGAGCAGAUGCGUCAGGAGAUGGGCGAGGAAAUAAUCAAUGAGACGACGGAGGUGGUAAGCACCGAGUAUGAGGAGCUAACAAAACUGAAGAGAACUGGCACCAUCCAGGCCAAGAACCUGAAGGUGAAGUUUGAAAAGAUCAAGCAGCUUACAGAUGAGGAGAUUCAGAAGAAGAUUGAAGAGGAACGAGCAAGGAGGAAAGCCAUCGAUGAUGAGAUCAAAGAGAGAGAAGCAGAGCGCUGUGCUGAGGAUGAGGACGAGGACAUGAAGGGCGCUGCGAAACCAGAGGACGCACCAUUCAAGCAGAAAGUGGACAUGCGUGCACGGUUCGAACAGAUGGCCAAAGCACGUGAGGAGGAAGAGAAGAGGAGAAUCGAAGAGCAGAAGCUCCAGAGGAUGCAGUUCGAACAGCAGGAAAUCGACUCAGCACUCCAAAAAAAAAAGGAGGAUGAAGAUGAAGAUGAAGGCAGCGUUGUGAACGGCUCGGCAACCUUCGACGAGGAGGACGAUCACGUCCGCUCUGGCGCUCCGUGGUUCAAAAAGCCGCUGAAGAACCAGACGGUGGUGGACUCUGAGCCUGUGCGCUUCACAGUGAAGAUCACGGGUGAGCCCAAGCCUGAGGUUACGUGGUGGUUCGAGGGUGAGCUGCUGCAGGACUGCGAGGAUUAUCAGUACAUUGAGCGUGGUGAGACCUACUGCCUCUACCUGCCUGAGACCUUCCCCGAGGAUGAGGGCGAGUACAUGUGCAAGGCUGUGAACAGCCGCGGCAGCGCCGCCAGCACGUGUAUCCUCACCAUCGAAACUGAGGACUACUGAACCAACCCCCACUCUCUUUCUCCGGAACUUUCCCUGUCUGUUCAUAUGUCCUUGUCUUUGUCUUUUUUUUUUUUUUAAAUAUCUCAUGGUAGGGCCAAACAUUCUUCUUCAGGUGAGGAAAGCAGCCUGAAUGUGUGUGUAUGUGUGUGUGUGAUUUUCCACCAUUCCUCCCAUGAAUCCACACGAGGUUAAAGUAAGUAAAGAUGUGUUUACAUGUGAAAGCUGCCCUCACCAUCAGAAAGAAGCCUUUCAGCGAAUUUGUGCCAAAAAAACAAUCACCAGGUUCCCAUGAGCUUUUCAUACGUACACUUCGAUUCGACAAGAUUUAAGGCUUGAAUAACACAACAGGGUGAACUGCUGUUUCUGCUUGGCAGAGGAAUAAGAGGAAGCCCGGCUGUUUAAAAAUAAUCUCCAAGAAAUGUAAAAGAUUUUAGGAAGCAAGAAACAAUGAAUCACAAACUAUUUAUAUUUAUUUCACUAUAAAACUUGUCAUGUUACCAAAAACACUGCAGUGAAGUCCGGAAAAUGUCUCAAAACAUAUUACAGCUUUUGCUCUGAAAAUGGAGACUCCUUACAUAACUACAGUCCAUCAUAUGUGUCCCUUUGGACAAGCCGUUACUAUGGAACACCCAUAUGAAUCGAUUUUUACUCCUCAGUCAUAUAAUCUCACUGAUUUCUGAGCGGUCUGUGCCUCAUACAGCGCUUUAUUUAUUGUAAACGAUGCAGGAACAGCAGGAUUUCAUCCUUUUCGUGAUUUGAAAGUUCAUUUGAUGUUCACCUUUUCAUAAAGCAAUGUGUUUCUAUGUUGAGUUAAAGACUAUUGUGAUUAGCGUAGCGACAUUCUGCUGAGGUUUGCAUACAGUGAGUUUAGGAUAGAACUGUUUAAAAAAUUGUGAUUUUUAAACUUUUAAUAAAACAAACUAAAAAUGAAA